UCGAUACUCAACUCUUUACGGAACUCCGUACAAUCAACAUGAAGUUUUUUUUACUGUCGGUGGUAUGCUUGGUAGGUUCGGCACUGAGUUUGCCGGUUGCUUCGAACAGACAAAGAAGAGAUAUUCUUCCAGGAGAUCCACGGUAUGGUACUGACUACCAUCUCCACCAUCAUCACCAUGAUAAUCACGACAACGGUGGAUUCCAAGUAGUAAAAUCUGUUGGCGAGUACUCUGGAUCAUACAACUCACCUGCUCCGGUAUAUGGACCACCUGGAUAUCAACCAGGCACCCCAGUCAGCUAUCCUGACCAAUCUUACCAGACUCCAACUGUCCACGAACAACAUUAUAAUCCAAUAAUUCCUUCAACUUCAUAUGGAGUACCAGUUCAACAGCAUGAAGAACAUCACCAGGAACAACAUCAUAAUCAUCAUCCACAACAACACCACGAACAUCAUCAUCAUCAACAACAACAACAACAACAUCAUGAACACCAUCAGGAACAACACUACCAACAGCAAUAUCAUUUUGAACAUCAAUAUCAGCAAACUCAACCAAUCCAUUACCAACAACAGCAUCAAGAACAUCAUUACCAAUCACCACAAGUUAGCUACGGUCCUCCUAUCGCAGUCAAGGAACAAUCAGUCAUAGCCAAAGAAACCAGAGUGCCAAUUACAUCUUACGGAACCCCCGUAGAGAGUCACGUACACCAACACCAACACCAACACCAACACGUCCAAGUACCUGUUCAAAAAACUGUUGCACCAAGCAACCAGCACCUCAGUCCCGCAGUCGAGCAACAUCGUCAGCCACAACAGCAUCACGUAGUCCAGAUCCAACGUCAUCAGGUUCAGCAAGUAAAAGUACCACAGUACUCAUACCAACCUCAUUACACACCACAAGUUAAACAACAACCUAAACCACAACCCAAGCCACAGCCUGCUCAAGUUUACUAUCAACCCCAGCCGAUUCAAACUCACUACCAACCUCAACCAAUUCAAACUCACUAUCAACCAGCUCCACAGCCCACCAAUAAUUACUUGACUCCAGUUAUUGAAGUAAAGAAAACUCAAACUGUACAUCAUUAUCAGCCACAACCAGCUCCACAGCCCACAAAUACUUACUUAACUCCAGUUGAAGAAAAGAAAACUCCAACCGUAAAUCACUAUCAGCCACAACCAACCGCUCAAUCCACCAACACUUACUUAACUCCAGUUGAAGAAAAGAAAGCUCCAACUAUUGAUCACUAUCAGCCACAACCAUCUCCACAACCCACCCAUGCAUACUUAACUCCAGUUGAGGAAAAGAAAACUCCAACCAUUGAUCACUACCCAUCUCAACAAGCUCCACAACCCACAAAUAUUUACUUGACUCCAGUUGAACAUGAACCCAAAAUUGCCUACACACCAGCCAUAAAAUCAGUGACAGUUGAAACUGCACCAGCACCGCAGACCUACGCAGCCAACGAUACUCCCGCGGAGGAGACAUCCUCAUCUGGACAUCCCUUCCCUGGAUUUUCAGAUCUGUCACAGAUCCAAAAGUUCGCAGAGUUCCCCCCUCUUGAGGACUCUCCACUCCCGUCAGCAGAUCAAUUUUCCAAUAGCGCCCAAGCAUACAACGACGCCGUCGACAUUGACUCUGUCAACCAAGGCUACAACUAUAAUAACAAUAUCGGUAACACUUUCACAGGAUACACAAGCGAACAACCAACCCAAGAACAAAAACCUGAUGACCAUGUUGAGCAACAAUUAACUGUCAGCCAAGAACAAACCCAUAAGAACAAAGAAACCAUUCAGCAGGUUGAUUCCGAUGGUAGUUACAUCUACUAAAUAAUUUUAUAUCCAAUAGAGUAGGAUAGACUUAUGUUGACUUAGUGGACUCGAUCAAUUAAUAAAUUAACGAGUCUGUAUGUACGAUACCGUAAAGAAAAUAUCUAUAAU